AUGCAGAAAAGCUAGAAGACUUCCCGGUUCAUCCAAUUUCAGCUACCUACUCGAUGUCCCCACAGCCCGUCUUCUGCGGCCCACCGGACGCCGGCCAAGCCGGAGCCGCAAGAUUUGAUUGGCGUGCGGGAAUUCCGGCAAACCUAACAGUCGAGUUCGCACCUGAUCGUGGCCGAAUGGCCCAAAUAACAAAAGUGGGGGCAUAUAUAGGGAAAGAGCAAUAUUGAAGGGGUUUUUUGGGAAAUUGGAAAGGAGAAAAAGGCAUGUGCUCUGUGCAGGGUGCGGUUCGCUUAUAGAGCUCUCGUUUCUUCCCUUCUUCCCUCGUUUUGAUUUAUUAUUUAACCCCUGUUUUUCUUCGGUAGAUUAUCUUCGCUUUGUCUUCGCCUUCUCUGUCUUGCCGUCCUCGCGCUAUAAACCCUAGUCAAAACCUCACUCGAUCCUUUGUUCGUCUCAAAUCCGAGCGGGAAUCUUUCAGAUCUUUGGGGGAAAGAAGGUGAUUCUCUAGCCUUUUCAUUGUGCGUGAAAUUGUGGGUCUCUGUACGUCAGAUCUGUGGUUCAGAGUGAUGAAUCUGCCGCCCGUUGCUCGCCGGAGAGGCGGCCCGGCGGCUCUUGACGCCGCGGUCAAGUUCUCCGAGCACACCACUUCCAUCAGGAAGACGGUUCCGGCGGUAGGAGGAAGUAGACGCCGGAGGAGGGUCGUCCGCAUCCACUGUACCGACGCGGACGCCACUGACUCCUCCAGCAACGAGGAGGAUAGAGUCCUCGCGCCUCCCCGUCGCCGGGUUAAGAGGCACGUCCAGGAGAUCGGGAUCGAGGCGGCCGUUCGGCCCCUCCCGCGCCGCUCGCCGCCGCCCCCCAAGCUCCUGCGAGAGACGGCGACGGAUGGGCCAGGACAGAAGAGAUUCCGCGGAGUCCGAAGGCGGCCAUGGGGCCGCUGGGCGGCGGAGAUCCGCGACCCUUCUCGGGGGAAACGGCUCUGGCUCGGGACCUUCGACACGGCGGAGGAAGCCGCCGCUGUGUACGACGAUGCCGCCGUCAAGCUCAGAGGCGGCAAGGCCGUGACCAACUUCCCCUGCAACAAAGUUAUCCCCGCCUCUGCCGACAGCAGCAACUCCUCCACCCCUCGGGAUGACUCCUCCUACGACAAUCCCUUCUCCUCCCCUACCUCCGUCCUCCGCUACGGUUCCGACCCCACGCCCUUCGACUUCCUCAGCUUCGGAGACGUCGACGCCUUCGGCCUCAGCGUCGAUCCUCCACUCCACUUUCCAGAGCUCUACCUCCCGGGCGGGGAGGCGGCGGACGAAGAGUUCGCCGAGUUCGAUGCUGACGACUUUCGAUUCUUCGAGCUGUUACCGCCUCAAAUGACGAUACUGCCUUUGUCUUGAGAUCUUUUUUCGCCGGUCAAAACGAGAGCGUUAAAAUUAAAAUUAAAAUUUGUUAUAUACUUAAAUUAUUGAGCUUUAAAAUUGUGAGAUAAUUCCAAUAGUAAAGGAAUGAGAGUGAAGGUGUGAAAAGUAGAGCGAGCUGUGUUUAUUAUUAGUAUGUGAUGAACAGUCAAAGGGAGUAGAGAAACUUUCCUUGGAUUGCA